AUGAACAGAAUGCUUCCUGUGACUCUCCAGCCACACACUUUAAUCAGCCCAGAUUAUUCCAGGACGUAUUUGACACCACAGGUCCAACCCAAUCCCACCAUUUGGAAGAAACAUCAAGGAUGCACCUCAUUCACUAACAAGCAGCACAAAGAACUGGAGGCUCUGUUUAGCCAGAGAAAAGAGCUGGCUGCAAGACUCAACCUACAGGAGAAAACAACAAAGGUCUGGUUCAGGAAGAGGUGGUUCAAACUGAGGAAGCAACAGAAGCAUCAAGAGCAGUCACUACAGCAGUCCAGCCAGAUCCUUCCAGCUGGGAAGAAUGUGCCCUCCUCACUCAGAACGUCCACCAACACUGACUCUUUUCUUCCUGUGGUCUUAAAUCUCAAUAGCUCCCUUCCAUGGCAGCCCACAAGCCCUUCUGGCUAUUGAUUUCCAAGUACAAGAUCCUCCACUGAAGACUCUGUCCCUGCUCUAUUGCCAGACACCUACAACAUAACCCAAAUUAUAGGACUAUACAGUUUUCCUGAUGAGUGGGAGGUCUCUAGCUGCUCCUUCAGCUGUCUGUGUCAGUAUCUUUCACCUGCAAGGUCCCAGCUUGAAGCAGGUAUCUCUCUCAGCAUCUUUGAUGUUCCAGCUGUUGGUCCAGCUCCUGGGCAAAUCUGCAUGCCCAGUAUGAUGAGUCAAGGCUCUGCUGCCUGCAGUCUCAGAAACAGCCUGGCAUUCCAGAGCCUCCUCACUAGGUAG